CGCGGGGGGAGGCGGGAUGUUUCGGCGGUGCGGACGCCGAUUGGGCGGAAGAGGAACGGAGUGGGCGGUGCUUCCGGGUGUCGCCGAUUCCGUGCAGCAAGGGAUGAGAGGCGGGCCCUCCACUGAGACGAAAGAGUCUCACUGGACGUCGUCUGAGAGGGAUCGGGUCCCCCAAUCUGUAAUAUCCCCACCUCUCCCCGCCCCCCGGAUUCCUGUCUCGUCUGGAACGGGAAAUUCUUCACUUGGGGAAGGAACUGGAUUUAAACGUUUUUUAAACAAGAAAAACAUAAACAGACCGAUCGGGCGGCGAUCCUGGUUUUGGAAAACGAAGCGCUGGGAUGGGGGGCUUUUGAAGGACCGAAGCAAAAAAAGCAACAACAACAACAACAACAUUUAAUCAUGAAUAAAUAACUUAAGUGUGUCCUUCGCUAACUUGCGCAGUUAUUUUCGUGCAAAAAACAAAACAAAACAACGUUUGAUCCUGUUAUAAGGGCAUCAUUUCCCAGGGUUGUCAUCGUUAAUACUGUUUUUGCAAGACGAUCCGUUCCCCCUAUAUAGAAACAUCGAAUUGUUUGGGUUUUUUUUUUCCGCUGUAGUCGUCUUCACGGCGAUCUUUUUUUUUUUUAAAUAUAAACGAUGGAGAUACUGGACGGCGGAGAGCCACUCCUGUACUGGGAUAGAAAUCUCAGCGAGCUCUCCGAGCCCGGAGAAGGCGACACUGCCCUGUACAACACCGUGAGUAAAGACAAAAAUAAAUAUAUAUAUAAAUACUGUUUAACUUUUUUUUUGCUUGGCAUUGCGGAGUUGAAAACAAACGCUGGAUUGUGCUCGGGACGCCCCGCUCGGCAAAGCGUGCCAAGUUUGCACAAACACAAAAGUGAGCUUUCUUGUGCGUGUGUGUGUGUGUGCGCUGUAGGUGAGUUAACUUUUUUAUUUAAAUGGUGGUAUCCCCGACGGGGUUUAUUUUUAAGAAAAUUACAAAAUCAUCCGAAGUCAAAACACCAAUCGCCCAUUCCGGGUUGCUGGGACAGGGGGGCCGUCGUUGAGUCGGAGCUGCGAGGCUCCCAGGCCCGGCCAGCUGGCGAGGCGGGGGGCUCCAACAGAGCGGGCUUUGUUCCUCCUCCGCGCCCCGCGGACACUGCCCGCCUGUCCCGGGCCCCGCGACGGCCCCCGACAAAGAGCAAGUGUUCUGGUGCCAGUCGGGAUGAUGCAGUGUCCUGGGGUCAGGCUGGAGCUAACGGAGGGCUUUUUCAGACCGCAGUGGAGAAUGUGGAGCAGGCAUUUGGCAGGGCUGUUCCGGUGGAUUUCGGAUCGCCCCCUGCUCUGAUCCCGCAGGUGAAAGAGGACGCUGACGGCCUCACGCCGCAGAUCAAGCUGGAACCCCACGAAGUGGAUCAGUUUCUGAACCUGUCGCCUAAAGGUCUGGAGUCGCUUCACAUGCCCCCUACGCCCCCCAGCUCCCACGGCAGCGAUUCGGAGGGAGGACAGAGCCCCACGCGCUCCUGCGCCCCCGCGAGCCCUGCGCAUUCUCAGGCCGUCCUGAAGGUGGCGCCGCGCGGGCCCUCCUCGCUCACCAACUCGCCGCUCCUCACGGCGCCUCACAAGCUGCAGGGCACGGGCCCCCUCAUCCUGACCGAGGAGGAGAAGCGCACGCUGAUCGCCGAGGGCUACCCCGUCCCCACCAAGCUGCCCCUGUCCAAAGCCGAGGAGAAAGCGCUGAAGAAGAUCCGGCGAAAGAUCAAAAACAAGAUCUCCGCUCAGGAAAGCCGGAGGAAGAAGAAGGAGUACAUGGACGCGCUGGAGAAGAACAACGAUCUGGGGAACGUGGCAGUGCUGUGCUUCGCCGUGUUCCUGGGCAGCUUCUCGCAGAGUUUCGCGCCCUGCUCCUCCGCGGCCAAGACUGGGCUCCCCGGCGUGAUGACGGCGCAGGAGUCCUACACCGCCACAGGUGAGGAGGGGGGGGGUCUCGCGCGCGGCUCUGGCAAGGCCCUGUUUACGAAUCGGGUUGUUCGGAUGUUGCCAGUUCCACUCCGGGGCUGCAGGGCUGUGAAGGAACUGCAGCCUGGAACAGAGACAGGGGUCUGAGGUCAUCCAUCCAAUUUCACACCACUUCAUCCAGCUCAGGGUCUCGGGGGGGCUGCCGGAGCCUCUGAAAACAAGCCCCAGGCGCAAGGCAGGCUACACUUUGGGCAGGACACCAGUCCCAUCACAGGGCAGACACGGGGGUAAUUGUUCCCAGAAGCCCAUUAACCUGCUGGCACGGGUUGGGACCGUGGAGGGGAAACUGGAGCGCCGGAGAACGUGCAAACUCCCCCCAGACAGCACCCCCGGGAACUGAGACCGGGGGGUCCCAGCGCCGUGAGGCGACAAAGCUGAUCCCUGCACCACCCUGUCCCCCCCCCUUGGGUCCAGAGAAUUCUGCACUCUAGAAAAUGAACAAGAUGGGUGGAGACUCCAUGGUUUCCAGCACAAGGAGAGCAGUGAGCAAGCCAGACGACACUGGGGGAUGCGGUAACGAUUGUCCGCUCCCCUUUAUCUGAACAGCUCUCGAAUUCGCAGAUAGGGGACAGUGUCACGAAACGCAGGUCACCGAGACGGCGAGCAUCGCGUCCGUAUCUGUCCUCCAGCGACGCGUCGGUGCCGUAUCUGCGGAGGUA